AUUAACCACACGCGAGAAAGAGAUAGUGCUAUGGAGGGAAAAAGACGGACGACUGCUGACAGCGAUUGGCCGUCUGGCGCACUAACACAUCCAAACCUUGGACUACGCGUUCAAGCGAGGAGUAGGAGGCGGAGCAAGGGACGGGUAGCUCGACAAGCUGCUUGACACAUUUGCCGUAGGAGGGAAAAGGAAGGCAUGAGAAAAUGCGCGAAAAGCAAUGAGUUCUUCCGUCGCUUUGCUCAGCGGGUCACUUUGCUCCAAAUUGCAACGGUUUGUUUACAUUCGCUCUGCAAAGGAAUCGCGCCGGAAAUUUCAAAUAUUAUCGUACAAACACACACAGCAAAGAAAGCAGAUUCCUCCGAAAAUGACCGAACAGGCGGCACGGCUACAAACGCACAACCAGGAGAUGGUAAAGUGCCUCAACCAGCUGCGCAGCCAGCAAACGGCACUGGAGGAAAAGAUCGCCGCACAGGAAAAGAAGAAGGACUCGCUGAGCAAGGAGAUGGAGAAGCUGCAGCGCACACUGGAGCAGCUGGAAACGUCCAUCGCGGAGGAUACGAAGGCGCUGAACGAUUGUUCCAAACGGCUCACGGAAACAGAGAAUGGCUACGCGAAGGUGGUGGACACGCUGCAGCUGCUGCUAAUGUCCGCCAAGGAGAAGGUCAACAUCACUACCCCAACUUCCCGGAGCGUCCACAGCGAGAGCAGCAAACACUCGAGCUAGGAUCACAAAUACACCAAAAACAAUGCAAACAGCGCCGUUUAAGUUUAAA